AUGAGUCUCGCGGUCAAGUAUUGCAAGUUUCGCUCGUUCUACAAGGCCGUCGCCGGGACGGGGCUCCACACGCAGUGCGGUCGUUCGCGUUCGGGGGCGAAGGGUGCCCGACGCCCGGGCGUUUCCUCUCCGUCGUCACGACCCGCACGACUGCUGCACGCAGCCCUCGUUCUCGACAUUCCUGCGGGCUCGCGCUCGGUGUUUGUGCUGCUUCCCACUACUGCGCCGGUCGACCUUGCCGUGGCGCCACUCGCGGUGCUCCAAGCGGUCACGUACUCUCGCCCUCUCGUCGCACGACGCCGCACCCAUGGCGUACAGCCGGUCAGCUGCGCUUGUAUGACAUUGACGCUGCGCUCUUGGCCUUUUACGCCACCUACCGAUUUGCGCCGCCCGUCUAUAGCGACGUGUGGCCCCGCACACUGUCCAAGUCGCUUCCGCUCAACUUCAAACUCGUCUUUCGACAAGACGCCGACGUCCACGCCCCCGAUUGCGCUCGAGAGCUACCUCAAGAACGCGCGCAUGGCAACGACGGCCAAUGCGGCGGUGACGUCCGGUCGUGUCCGCAAGUGCUCGGCGCUGCAAGACAACGUCGAUUGGAUCGGGUUUGAUAUCGGGUCGGCGGCGGCGGUGGCGGCUGAGGAUUGUUGCAGCCUGUGUCGAAACAACUGGAGCUGCCAAGCCUAUGUGUGGAGCAACGUCAACGGCGGCACGUGCUGGUUCAAGUCGGCGCGCGGCGCAGCCCAGACAAAGCUCGGUGUCCGCUCGUCGCUCGUGCUCUUUUGA